AUGGCUGCAUGGAUAUAUCAACCUGUUAUGUUCGAGUCUGGUCGGGCCUUCGAUUGUGAAGGCUUUGACUCCGACCAGUGCAAGUAUUACAAAGAACCAUGGCGCAAUUGGUAUGUAGCAGACUGGACAUUCGCGCUGCCAACAGUAGCACUCUUUAUGUGCGUUAUCGGCAUUUUCACAAUCGGUUACGUCUUGACACAAGUGCUUGCGUUGUCCCACAGGUCUGAGCCUUUGAUAUGGCGAAGGGGCGUCGCAUUCGUUCGAUAUUUGUCAUAUCGAGGUUUUCGCAUCGAAGGUCUAAGGUGGAACUCUGCGCCCGUGGGAGUGUUAUUCUUAGGAGCUAUAGGGGCCACAUAUUUUCUCUGCAUGGAUUUGAUACCAUCCCCGUAUUACUGGCCGGGGACGGACACCGUUUGGGGCAACUCGCCGCCAUUAGGUACCAGGUCUGGCUGGCUGGCGUUAGCUUGUAUGCCCUUCGUCUUUGCGACUGCAACCAAGACGAACUGGAUAACAAUGGUGACCGGAGUACCAUAUGAGAAGCUCCAGGUCUUUCACCGGUGGAUUGCAUAUGCUUUCUUCAUCCUGGCGUUGAUGCACACAUUUCCAUUUAUUGUUUGGCAUAUUCAUAAUGGAGAUAUGGUCAAUCAGUUCACUGUGAGUAACAUCUUCGAAUAUUGGACUGGCAUUGUUGCGCUUGUGUUUCAGGCGUGGCUCACAUUUGCAUCCUAUGGUCCCAUUCGAAAUCUUGGCUAUGAGUUUUUCAAAGCAACACAUUUCUUAUCGGCUGUAGUAUUCAUGGUAGUCUUUUUCUGGCACUGCAGCGGUACACUAACAUCAUGGGACUAUUUUGUCGCAACAGCAGCAGUGUACGUACCUUGUUGGACGUAUCCAUGGCUUAGGACCUUGUUUGAGUACGGUACGCAUCAGAAAGCGGAAAUAUUCAUUGAAGAUAAUGGGUUUACACGUAUUACAAUACCAGCCAACUUCAAAUGGCAACCGGGACAACAUUGUUUCUUGCGGUUCCGGAGCUUCGGUAUCCAUAAUUUUAGCUCUCAUCCAUUCACCAUCUGCUCGCUACCAUCUACAUCACUUGAUAAACCGUCCAAAAUUACUUUCUAUAUCCGCCAUCAAGGAGGCUUUACAGCAAGGCUGUACAAUCAUGCAAUAAAACGCCCAGGCAUACAGGUGCCUGUAUUGGUUGAUGGUCCUUAUAGUGGUAUAGACAAUCAGAAGUACUUUAACAGCGAUCGUCUUGUUGUGGUUGCUGGUGGCUCUGGAGCUGGAUGGAUGCUACCUUUUGUCGAGCAAUUCCUGCGAUUUAGCUCUCUAAAGGGGGUUCCCGAACCUCUAGAUGAAGAAACAAAAGAGAAUAAGCAGACCUCUGACAAGCCAUCAUGUCAGCGAGACCUUCGCAGUCCUCGAUCGUUGCGGCUCAUACUAUCAACACGAGACAUAGCGACCCGCACAUGGUUCCAUACAAUCGUUAACAAUAUGCUAUCGGACUACCAGUCACUAGGUACAGACAUAAGUGUCGAGGUACAUCUGACUGGCAAAGCUGAGCCUAUGGUGCAACCUCCGACUGAAUCUGCUUCUGAGCUCGAAAGGCCCAAUAUCAUAUCGACAGAAAAAGACGUCAUCGAUAAGAAUACAGGAGCCUUUAGAAACUCCGACGCAAGUGAACCGAAAGAUGAAGUGCGCGGUCGCCCAGAUCUACCUUCAAUUAUCCGAGAAGAAGCCGCCGCAGCGAGGACAACAGGCCAGACAAUGGGCGUCUUCGUGUGCGGGCCGCUUACGAUGCAAGAUGAUAUCCGCAAUGCUGUUGCGAAAGAGAACUUGAUUAUUAUGAAGAACCUAAGCUCUGGUGGGGUGUACUUAUAUUCCGAACACUUCUCGUGGGCAUGA